GAGAGUGGUGUGACUCUACUGCAGCUGAUCGGAGACCUGCCUCCUGAUGAGUCCCGGACCGGUCCAGGGGGAAAACCUGCCUACUACUUCGGAGGGCUGGAUGGGCUGACCGCUGCGGGACAGCCGGCCCUGGCCCACCUCCCCAACCCCUUCUACCGAGACUUCUCCCUGGUCUUCCAAAUCAUCCCCUCCAGUCCCGGGGUCCUCUUCUCCAUCACAGACGCCUCCCAGAAGUUCAUGUACGUGGGGGUGAAGCUGAGUGCCCCGGACGCUGACGGCAGGAAUCAGAGGAUUCUGUUCUACUACACAGAGCCCGACUCGGAGGCCUCGUACCUAGCUGCUAGUUUCACCGUGCCCUCCCUGGACCUAGACUCCUGGACCAAGUUCUCUCUGUCCGUGUUCAACGACCAGGUGACCUUCUUCAUGGGGUGCGACGCCUCUGGGAAGACAGUGAAGUUGGAGCGCUCACCGGAUGACAUGGAGCUGGACAGGGGGGCGGGCAUCUUCGUGGGUCAGGCGGGAGGGGCGGACCCUGACAGGUUUGAGGUACAGUAUGGAUCGCCAACCACACCUCUAAUGCUGACCUGACCACACAUAUUUAUCAUUUACUAUAUUGUUCCCUCAUGUAAAACAUCUGCAUAACUCUUCCCUUGAUGUCUCUCUGUUGUUCUGCAACCCCACCCUCAACCCUCGCUCUGGGUCAAACCCCAUGUGACCAUCACAUGUGGUCAGACGGGUCAGUGACUGUGCUCAGGGGUCAAAGUUGAAAGGCUAGACGACAGGACAGGUCAUUUAAUAGAUUUACUAGAGGGAGGAGGGGUUAGUGGUGCUGUGUUAGUGAGAUGUGACUGGCUGUCUGGCUUUUCUGUUGCCAGUGACCCGGACACAUACCUGACUGAGAUUCCUGAGGGAGCAAUUAGUGAGGGAUUUACCCCCGAACGACGUGUGGGUUUAGGUUGCAUCUCACUCACACCUGCUGUUUUUAACACACAGCGUGUUGACACGUGCGUUCUCCUAGUCUAACUCUAUCAGGCCCCUGGGAGAGAUUUAGAACCCUGUCUGUUGUUUCAGCCAGACUCAGUCUGUUCUGAGUUAGUAAGGUCACAGCCAGACUCAGUCAGACACAUUCUCUUUACAUUUGACUGUAUAUUAAUGGCUCAUUAAAUUCAUACAGCUCCAAUGGCUAUACAGUAUCUCCUUUCUCACAGCCAUCAGUGUGUCUGUGUCUGUGUGUCUGUGUCUGUGUGUCUGUGUGUCUGUGUGUCUGUGUGUGUGUGUGUGUGUGUGUGUGUGUGUGUGUGUGUGUGUGUGUGUGUGUGUGUGUGUGUGUGUGUGUCUGUGUGUGUGUGUGUGUCUGUAUGUGUGUGUGUGUCUGUGUGUGUGUGUGUGUGUGUGUGUGUGUGUGUGUGUGUGUGUGUGUGUGUGUGUGUGUGUGUGUGUGUGUGUGUGUGUGUAUGUGUUGUGCAGGGGGCGAUCACUGAGCUGAAAGUGGUGGGCAACCCUCGAUCAGCUGAGCUACUCUGUGAAGACGAUGAUGACUCGGACGCUGUGAGUGAUCAGACUGUAGAACCAGACACAGUUUAGUAGGAAUAUGAUAUGAUUCAUCUCAACUAACGUUUUUUAAAUGCCUUAAAUUUACUCUGUCUCUGUCUGUCUGUCUCGUUCUCUCUCUCCCUCUCUCUCUCUCUCUCUCUCUCUCUCUCUCUCUCUCUCUCUCUCUCUCUCUCUCUCUCUCUCUCUCUCUCUCUCUCUCUCUCUCUCUCUCUCUCUCUCUCUCUCAGGCCUCAGGUGACUUUGGCAGUGGGGAUGGGGACAGAAGAGAGACAGGCCAAACUGUAAAGGUAUCUUCCUGUGUUGUCCUGUUAAUCUAUUCUGGGAUGUGGAAAUAGAAGGAAGGAUUCAAUGUGAAAGUAUUGGAUCAGGGUCUGUCUGUCCUGUCUAACUUCCCUCUCCUCCCUCCUGUCAGACCACCCCUCCAACUCUCCGACCGGUGCCAGAGCCCCCUCUGACGUCAUCAGUGAGCGACAGGCUCUCAGAGACAGGUCAGUGGGCUGAGUCGAACAAUGAUGACAUCAUCAUCAUGUUUUUUCUCCUUUCUGCUUAGGUUUAUUGAAAAUGCGCAAAUAAUAGUCUAGCUAUAUUUAGAGUAUUUAGAGUAGCUGCAGUACUAACGAAAACUGUUGAUGUAAAAACUGUGAAACUAUCUGUCAUGGAAAUAUGUACCUAGUGUAAUACCACGCUACUUGUCUGGGCUUGAGAACCUUGUCGCUUAUUACAUACUGUAUGCUGGGAUAUACAGCACACUAGCACCCUCUAGUGGAGAAGGUAGACAUUACCUUUAAUUUUCCUCCAAGAGUGGCUGAUUGUUGAUCGUUGUUAGUGUUUUCUAGUAUACUAGAAACUAGGCAUGCUGGAAAAGUGUGUUUGUGUUGAUUGACUGUAGGUGACAGGAAUCAUCAGACCUCAGUAGAGUCCAGACCAGGGUCAGGAGGUCAACCAGGUAGGUCAUUUGUCUGUCCGUCCAUCCGGCUGUCUGUCUGUCUGGCUAUAUUAUAAACACUCUCCAAUGAGGUCCAGUGGAGUUCCCUGACAACCAGUCCCUGAUUUCCAGGACAGUAUACCCUUACUUCUCCCUGUCAGAUUUCAGGGAAGCUUCACUGGACUAGGUUGAUGAGAUCUCAUCAUGCACUCCUCAGCAUGUUCUGUUGCCAUGGAACUCUGUGGAGUAGAUUGGCAUGGAGCUCUGUGGAGCAGGUUGGAAUGGAACUCUGAGGAGCAGGUUGGCAUGGAACUCUGUGGAGCAGGUUGGCAUGGAACUCUGUGGAAUACGUUGGCAUGGAACUCUGUGGAGCAGGUUGGCAUGGAACUCUUUGGAGCAGGUUGGCAUGGAACUCUGUGGAGUAGGUUGGCAUGGGACUCUGUGAAGCAGGUUGGCAUGGAACUCUGUGGAGUAGGGUGGCAUGGAAAUCUGUGGAGCAGGUUGGCAUGUAACUCUGUGGAGCAGGUUGGCAUUGAACUCUGUGGAAUAGGUUGGCAUGGAACUCUGUGGAGCAGGUUGGCAUGGAACUCUUUGGAGCAGGUUGGCAUGGAACUCUGUGGAGUAGAUUGGCAUGGAGCUCUGUGGAGCAGGUUGGAAUGGAACUCUGAGGAGCAGAUUGGCAUGGAACUCUGUGGAGCAGGUUGGCAUGGAACUCUGUGGAAUAGGUUGGCAUGGAACUCUGUGGAGCAGGUUGGCAUGGAACUCUUUGGAGAAGGUUGGCAUGGAACUCUGUGGAGUAGUUUGGCAUGGGACUGUGAAGCAGGUUGGCAUGGAACUCUGUGGAGUAGGGUGGCAUGGAAAUCUGUGGAGCAGGUUGGCAUGUAACUCUGUGGAGCAGGUUGGCAUUGAACUCUGUGGAGCAGGUUGGCAUGGAACUCUGUGGAAUUGGUUGGCAUGGAACUCUGUAGAGCAGGUUGGCAUGGAACUCUUUGGAGCAGGUUGGCAUGGAACUCUGUGGAGUAGGUUGGCAUGGACCUCUGUGGAGCAGGUUGGUAUGGAACUCUGUGGAGCAGGUUGGUAUGGAACUCUGUGGAGUAGGUUGACAUGUAACUCUGUGGAGCAGGUUGGCAUGGAACUCUGUGAAGUAGGUUGGCAUGGAACUCUGUGGAGCAGGUUGGCAUGGAACUCUGUGGAGCAGGUUGGCAUGGAACUCUGUGGAGCAGGUUGGCAUGGAACUAUGUGGAGCAGGUUGACAUGUAACUCUGUGGAGCAGGUUGGCAUGGAACUCUGUGGAGCAGGUUGGCAUGGAACUCUGUGGAGCAGGUUGGCAUGGAACUCUGUGGAGCAGGUUGACAUGGAACUCUGUGGAGCAGGUUGGCAUGGAACUCUGUGGAGCAGGUUGGCAUUGAACUCUGUGGAGCAGGUUGGCAUGGAACUCUGUGGAGCAGGUUGGCAUGGAACUCUGUGAAGUAGGUUGGCAUGGAACUCUGAGGAGCAGGUUGGCAUGGAACUCUGUGGAGCAGAUUGGCAUGGAACUCUGUGGAGCAGGUUGACAUGGAACUCUGUGGAAGGGGAGGACAAAGGUAGUAGGAAGCUAACUGAGAGAUUAACGAGAUGCAUACAGAGGAUCUGAUGAUUUGACCAUCUAACAGAGGGUGUGGUACUGUGAUGAUGAUGAUGGUGAUGAUAGUGAUGAUGAUGAUAAUGAUGAUAGUGAUGAUGAUAGUGAUGAUGAUGAUAGUGGUGAUGAUGAUGAUGAUUAUGAUAGAGAUGAUGAUGAUGAUGAUGAUGAUGAUGAUGAUGAUCGUGAUUCAUAAUCAUAAUGCUUCUGUGGAGGAUGCCAGUGAUGAGGAUGCUAGUGAUGGUGACAAUGACAACAACAUUCAUGCCGAUAAUGACCACGAUGUUGCUUCUGACGUUUAUUCUAACACCCACCUCUCCCUCUAUCUGUGUGUCAUCAGGCUUUACUGGCUCUAACGGGGAGAAGGGGGACAGAGGGGAGAAGGGCAGUCCAGGGGACAGAGGUCCCGCCGGGCCAAAGGGGGACUCGGGGUCUCUCUCCAGCUCUGCCUCUUCCUCUGGCUCCUCAUCAGGCGGAGGAGAACGUGGAGAAAAGGUAGUGUGUGCUGCCUGGCACAGUACUGUGUGAUAUACACCCCCUAUAACUGAUGACCCCUAUAGCUGAUUACAACUGAUUCAGACAGACCACAUACAUGCCUCAGACACUAAUGUAAUAGUUACAUCACACACAACUUGUCUUUGUCUCCUUUCUCAUUCAGGGAGACAAGGGCCUGAAGGUACAGUUUGACUUUGUGUCCUUCCCACCUUCUUUUUAUUUGACUUGAUCUUAGCUAGUCAUUGAAGUGAUCAGAUUAAAUAGGUAGUUGAUUGUUUUCUCCCCACAGGGCAGUUCUGGGUUCGGUUACCCAGGCUCCAAGGGGGACCGUGGCGUACCUGGUCCCCCUGGCCCUCCCGGCCCUACGGGGCCCGCUGCCCAGGUGGUGAGGCUAGGGGACGGCUCUGUGGUGCAGCCGGUGGCCGGGCCAAUGGGACCGAUGGGGCCCCCAGGGGUCAAAGGACCAGCAGGACCACAGGGACCAGAGGGAGAGGCGGUGAGUUGUACCAUACCUUCUGGCAUAUUCUGUGUAGAACAUUCUCGCUUUACUUGGUCUCAGUACAUUUUCUUUGAAUUGACUGUAACAAACCAUAUCUAUUUCAUUUCCCAGGGGGAUCCAGGAGAAGAUGGCAAAUUAGUGAGUGUCACUUUCUGAUGUUUUAUCCCAUUGAGCUCAUGUCAUGGUUUUUUAUUCAUUGUAAAUUGUGUGAGGAGAAAUACAGUGGUAGUCAGAUGCCAUGAUUGAUAAGCGGUGGUGGUCAAUAGCAGUGGUCAGACAGUGCCAGUCUCACUAAGCUGUGGCUUCUCUCUCUGUCCGACCCCUACUCAGGGACCCGCCGGACCCAGAGGGUUCCCAGGAACACAAGGAAACUCAGGGGUCAAAGGACAAAAGGUAAAGGCCGGAGGCCAUUUAGUUAAGAGCAUGAGUAUUUGGAUAUUAUCGGCAGUGCCCAAAGGUUAAAUACUGAGUGUUUGCCCUCUGACCUCUCCAGGGGGAUCGUGGUGAUGGUCACCCAGGACCCAGGGGUCCUCCAGGACCACCUGGACCCCCAGGCCCAGGGACAGGUGACCGCGCGGUGAGUCAACCACUACAGCAUCGGGCCAUUCAGCCCAUUCAUUAAUGUGGAUCAGACAUGAAUAUACCAAUAUACCACUUUUAAUGUUUCUUAAUUUGUCCCUAGACAUUUGUGGAUAUGGAAGGCUCAGGAGGAUUCCCAGAUUUGGAGAAAAUGCAGGUAUGUUUUAGCUGAUGCAGAGAUUUUGAGUUUGGCCAAGAAAAACGACUUUUCACAAACGGUAUAUUGUGUUGACUAUUUCUUCAGACUCUCCGUGGUCUACCAGGUCCCCCCGGCCCUCCAGGUCCCCCUGGCCCCUCAGCCGGUGGUGUCAGCCCCCAUGGGUCAGGCUCUUUUGGGCCCCCUGGACCUCCCGGACAGGACGGGGCCCCUGGCCUACCAGUGAGGACCCUCUCUCUACUAUAUCUGACAUGACUAUAUGUUUUGUGCCUAGUUAACUGUAGCCAUCGCAAGUACAGUAUUGAAAUUAAAGCCGCGAUAUGUUGACCAUUAUAUAUUGAUAUCAUAUUAUGUUCUGUUUUUCAGGGGCCCUCUGGUCCACCUGGUAGAGCUGGAACCCCAGGACCCAGUAGUGGAGAGAAGGUGAGAGACAGGGAGGGGACUUAUUUUAUUACAGCUGAACUGAUUAUACUAUAUAUCACUGUAUACAUCAAAAACAGAACUGGACCUUUGUAUAGGGAUCUUGUUGAGAUUAUUGUCUGUUCUCUCUCUCUGCCAGAGAGAGCGAGCGAGAAGCGAGAGAGAGCGAGCGCCGAGCGCAGAGAGACGGUGAGAGCGAGAGGAGAGAAGAGCUAGGUCGAGAGAAAGACGAACGCGGAGAGCGCAAGACGAGAGAGACAGAACCGCACUAGAGGAAGAGAAAGAGUAGCGACGAGCGGGAGAAGCGGCGCGACGAGCGCGAGAGAGAGAGAGAGAGCGGAGAGAGCUCUUCGAAGAGAGAGCGACAGAUCCUCGAGCCUCUCUCUCUACCUCUUCUCUCUCUACUCUCUCUCAACACUCUCUCUCUACUCUCUCUCUACCUCUCUACCUCUCUACCUCUCUCUCUACACCUCUCUCUCUACCUCUUCCUACCUCUCUCUCUCUCCUGCUCUCUCUCUCUCUCUGUAUCUCUUUCUCUGUAUUUCUCUCUCUGUCCCCCUCUCUCUUUCCCCGUCUCUUUCUCCCGCUCUCUUUUCCUCUCUCUCUCUCUCAUCCGCAGGGAGAAGCUGGUGAUCUAGGUCUUCCAGGGCCUAGUGGAGAGAAGGUGAGCUCUGAAAUACACCCACACUAUCCCACCUCUAAAUCUUAGAUCUAAAUAUAUUGCUAUCUUCGCUUUGACCUUGUUUCUUUGGUGCUGUUGGGAGUGGGACUUCUCCUCGAGAUCGAUAGUCUAAACAUGAUGUUGGUGGUGGUGUGAGGAAUAGAAAGGGGUCAGGAUUUUCUCAGGAUACAGAUCUUCUCCCUUAUGCUUGUCUCCCUCUAGCAAAACUCUUUGUCUGCCUUCUCCUCCUUCUCCAACUUUUACUACUGGGUCUCCUGCUAUUGGUUCCUUGGUUUCGACUGCAUGCUAUUGGUUCCUUGGUUUCAGUUGCAUUCCUCGCAUGUGGGGGGAAUCAGCUCACAGAAAAACUCAAAUCCUCAGUGUGCUCAUUAUAGGAAAAAUGGCAAUAACUUGUCUUUGCUUAAGAGAUUUUACUAUCACUCUGGAUGUUUUAUAUUGGAACUAAACUAUGUGCAAUCAUUGGUUUUUAUAAUUGUUUUUUAUUCAUUUCAAUAUUGAUUUGCAUUGCUUGUUAUAGUAAUGAUUCAGCUUUAAUGUGUUUCCCCUUUUAUGGAAUGCUUCUUUCUUCGUAUGUUAGCAUGCUGUGUCAAUUAUGUCUACAUGUAAAUGGCUGCUGAUUUUCACACACACGCACGCACACACACACACACCAAAACACUCACACACACACACACACACACACACCUUUACAAUCUCUCUGUCUCUCUCUGUCUCUCACCUCUUCCCUCCUAACCACCAGGGUUCUCAGGGUGACCCUGGAGUGCCUGGUCAGGCAGGGCAGGGGGGCUUGGCCGGGCUUCCUGGGCCCAUGGGACCGAUUGGGCCACCAGGACCACCAGGACCCCCCGGACCUUCCUACCCCGUGCGUUAUGUGAGUACUGUACACAACUCAUGCAACCCAUGUAAACUACAUAAACUACAGCUUCACUUCCCACCCCAAAGCUCCCUUGAAAUAAAUUGUUACCAAAUUGACUACAUACAUUUGACUACAUAUAUUUUAGUGGUAUUGUCUUUUUUGAACUGUAUCUGUGUCCUCUCCGUGUAGGGUGACGGGCAGGGUUCUGGAGUGACGGUGUCCAAUGGUGUUCCUGGAGUGAUAGGUAUUCCAGGACCACAGGUGAUCUAUACAUUGCCAUUCACUCAUCAUUUGUUUUGCCUUUACCAUCACAUCAACUUAUACAUCGUCACAUAUCCAUUGUUUUUCAGGGUCCGCCCGGAAUCGCUGGCCUUCCCGUAAGAACCAGGAAAUCCGUUUGAAUAUAUUGCUAAGUUUGAUUGGAGGCCAUAUCUUUGUUAUAUACCAAUGCUUACUGUAUCCCUGUCAUCAUACAGGGAAGAUCUGGUUUGCCUGGGCUAUCGGGAGAGAAGGGGAGCGAGGGAGCGAGAGGACGGGAUGGAACACCAGGGAUGGACGGAUUCCCAGGAAAAUUGGUAGAAGAUCAUUAUCCCUCAGCCACCUCCCCAGACUGUAUUAGAACGUUACUUUGGCUUUAGAGUAACCCACGCAAAGUGCACUAACCUAUUCUGUUGGAUUUCUUGUGUAUUUGUGUGCUAUACACAGGGAGACAAAGGGGAGCGAGGAGACAGAGGGGAAAGGGUGAGUUACAUAUUUUGGUGGUAGAUUUUGUUUUGUGCGUGAACUUCCCCAGAUAUAAGGCAUCUAUUGAGUGUCACUCGGCUCUUAUGUUGUGGUGUGUGUUGUGUUGUAGGGUGAGCCAGGACGUGAAGGGGGACCCCCUGGACCUCCAGGAGCCCCUGGCCCACCGGGACAGAUCAUCUACCAGACAGGCAGUGUGAGUGUGGCUGUCUACUGUACGGUCUAGGCUGCUCUGGAUUGUAGUGAUGUUUCAGUGACACCACUGACCUAUCUGUCUCUGUCUCAUUGUAGUUUGAUGGGGUUCUUGGGGGUCAAGGACAGGUGAGAAUCUGACUCAGCAGGCACAGUCACUAUGUUACUCUACAUGCUGUUUUAAAAUGUUUUCUAAUGCCUUAUAAAGUCACCCUAACCCUUAUUUCCUUUCUCCAGGGUGGACCAUCUCUGCCCGGCCGGGCAGGAUUCCCAGUACGUAUCAAUACCACACUGCCAAUGAACACACACAGUGGAGUGGAGACAAUUAACCUUUACUGUUUCCAGUGGUGGAAAAAGUACUAAAUUGUCAUACUUGAGUAAAAGUAAAGAUACAUUAACAGAAAAUGACUCAAGUAAAAGUGAAAGUCACCCAGUAAAAUACUACUUGAGUAAAAGUCUAAAAGUAUUUGGUUUUAAAUAUACUUAAGUAUCAAAAGUAAAUGGAAUUGCUAAAAUAUACUUAAAUAUCAAAAGUAAAAGUAUAAAUAAUUGUAUUUCUACUGAUCACAACUUCUUCUAUAGGGGCCUAUGGGGCCAAAGGGAGAUACAGGAGAGCCUGGACAGCCAGGCUACGCAGCUAAGGUCUGGUAACAACUUCAUUCAUUCAGAUAUUGUUUUCUGUACAGUGAAAAUUGCAUAAAGUACUGACAUGUCUCCACCCUGUGUCCUGUCCAGGGGGAGAAAGGAGAACCUGGUAUUACCAUUGGGCCUGAUGGAAGACCCUUGUACCUGGGAGGGCCGGGGUCUCUGCCGGUGAGAACAACUGCACAGUAGAUUUAUAGUUGGUUGCAAUACUGUAUGGUAUUAUGUAGAACAUACAGUACCAGUUAAAAGUUUUAGAACACCUACUCAUUCAAGGGUUUUUCUGUAUUUUUACUAUUUUCUACAUUGUAGAAUAAUAGUGAAGACAUCAAAACUAUGAAAUAACACAUAUGGAAUCAUGUAGUAAUCAAAAAAGUGUUAAACAAAUCCAAAUAUAUUUUAUAUUUGAGUUUCUUCAAAUAGCCACCCUUUGCUUUGAUGACAGCUUUGCACACUCUUGGUAAAAAUAAUGAAAAACCCUUGAAUGAGUAGGUGUUCUAAAACUUUUGACCGGUAGUGUAUGUGUUUGUCCACCUCUUUCAUAUGUGCCAUGCCACAUUCAAUUAUUAUACCCUUUGACCUCUGUGUGUGCAGGGAGAUAAAGGACUCCCGGGACCUGUGGGACCUCCUGUAAGUACUGUCCCCUUUAACAUUGAUAUGCUUUGUUUCUGAUUAGCCAAAGAUAACCGUGGAUGUACUUUAUAUUGUUCUCUGUCUCUAUAGGGUCCAGCUGGUAGAUUUAUAUUGUUUUCUGUCUCUAUAGGGUCCAGCUGGUAGAUUUAUAUUGUUUUCUGUCUCUAUAGGGUCCAGCUGGUAGAUUUAUAUUGUUCUCUGUCUCUAUAGGGUCCAGCUGGUAGAUGUAUAUUGUUCUCUGUCUCUAUAGGGUCCAGCUGGUAGAUUUAUAUUGUUCUCUGUCUCUAUAGGGUCCCUAUGGUCCAGCUGGUUUAAAGGGAGAUAUCGGCAUGCCAGGUAGACCGGUAAGUACCUCUGUUCAGCUAUCAGUCAAGUGGUGGACCUCUGUAGCACAGUUGGUAGCGCACGGCGCUUGUAAUGCCAAGAUAGUGGGUUCGAUUCCCAGGACCCCCAUAUGUAAAAAUGUAUGCACACGACUGUAAGUCGCUUUGAAUAAAAGUAUAUGCUAAAUGGCACAGAAGUCUCCUUUAGAAAGAAUCCAAGUGUCCUAUUUUCCAUACAGUCUUAACAAACUGAUGAUGUACUGUUGCUGUUGGAACUAAGCAAGUGUGUUGGUUACAGGGCCGUCCUGGGUUGAAUGGUGUCAAAGGAGAGAAGGGGGAUUCAGCUGGAGGAUAUGGAUACACAGUAAGCAUGGCACCACUGGUUGGUGAUUGAAGUGAAUCAUAAGUGAAAGACUGUUGGGGUACAACCCAGAGGUCAGCAUGUCCAAAAAGUAAUUGUUCAUAAAAUCAGUUGUAUUGGUAGAUCAUCAUUUUGGUGUGGUUGUAAUGCUAGGUCUCAGUUUAACCCAGAUUGAUCCGUGUUUUUAGGGUCCUCCAGGACCACCCGGCCCACCCGGACCCCCCGGGCCAGCAGUACCUCUGGACAGGUUCAACGUGAGUAGAUGUCUGAUCCAGUAUUGUAUCUUUCCCAGGCUUUGGUGUUGUAAUGUGUAAAUCAGCUUGGUUACUACCUGCUGGUUUAGUUGUUAAAACCCACAAAGCCACUAAUGUGUGUUUACAAAUUGAUAUGGUCUCUUUCCAACGUACAGUAGUGUAUCUUUUCUCCUCCUUGGUUCUGUUUCAGACUCAGAGGUAUGAUGAUGUCUCACGGUUCUAUCCUGGUAAGUCAACUCAUUCUCAUUGGCCAGUCUCACACCAUGACAUAAAACGUUACAUGUAAAACUAUGUCAUGUGUUCGCUUACAUGUUGCCCUUUUUCCUCCCCCCAUCAGACUCCAAAGGAGAGAAAGGUGAUCGUGGAGUACCAGGAAUACCUGGGGUACCAGGUACAUUCAAAACAGCUAUAGCAGCUGGACAACUAGUUAUUUACUACCUUUGGCCUUAGUUGUACUAACACAUGAGAUUGAGCUGAUUGAACUCAUGUUCUAUUGUGUCCAUUGUAGGUCUCACGUCAAACUUUGACAUCUACACCUUCAAGGUAAGUGAUAUAACUACUAAGGCGCUCCACACUCACAACCUGCCAUGCUUCUGUAUGUGUUUGACGUGAGGUCAAAUUACACGGUGUGUGUCCGCAGAACGAGAUGAAGGGAGAGAGAGGAGACUCUGGGAUGAAGGGGGAGAAGGGCGACCCAGCUGGAGGAUAUUAUGGCGGAGGUUACGGUGGACAGGGUGGUCAACCUGGACCUCCAGGACUUCCAGUAAGAAUAACCACUGAACAACAACAACAGCCAUUUUAUUUCACUGCAUUCUCCACGUUUUAUCAGUGCCUUGCAUCAAAUGACAUGUAGAAUGGAAUUCAAUGGCAAGUCGUAAUGGGCAAGACAAAUUCCUUUUAAGGAAAAAACAAAUCUAUCUGAUCUAUCUAUCUCCAGGGGCCAAAGGGAGAGUCCAUCAUCGGUCCUUCAGGGCCCCAGGGCCCUCCAGGUCACCCAGGAAGAGGGUACGAAGGCAGGCAAGGGAACCCAGGCCCACCGGGGCCCCCCGGACCUCCAGGAUCAUCCUCCUCACCUGGAGCCUACAGGCCAUCACAGAGUGAGACGUACUCUCUCACACACACACUCAUACAUACAGUACAUAGGCAGAAACACACGUUAAAGUAAACUUUCUGGUGACAUGAAGUACAGUAGUGCUACGGUUAACAGCUUCAAUGAACGUGAUCUUUUUACAUCUCAGCCAUCAGCAUCCCUGGACCUCCGGGUCCUCCUGGCCCACCUGGGACUGAUGGACACUCCUCUGGGGUGAGUCUGUUAACUGCUCCAUUCCUAGUGUAGGGUCUUGGUUAGGGCUUGUUUCUGAAUGGGGCCUCACUAUGAUGAUAUAUGCGCCACUUCCAGGAUAUGACAUCAUUUAGCUCCUUGUCAUCUAUGUUUGAACAGGUGAUGGUGCUGAGGUCAUAUGACACGAUGACAGCCACGGCCAGACGACAGGCAGAGGGGACGCUGGUGUAUCUGGUCGACCAAACAGACUUUUACAUCAGAGUACGAGAUGGCUUCCGGCAAAUCCAGGUGCAGUGUUUACCAGUGUAAUGAAUGCAAGCCACUAUAUUUAGAAAACACAAUACCUUCAUCCUUUGUUAAUGUUUACAUGAUUAACUUAGAUGUUCUACCUUUACCUUUCAGCUUGGACCAUACAUAGCUUUACCCCCUGACCAGGUAAGUCCUUGGAAAUGUGCACUUGAGAAAUGCUGACAAUACACUAUUGUGACAGUGAGUGAAUUGCUUAAUGAAGUUAUUAAUCACAUUAGUGAGUGAAUCACAUUCACAUUAUUUCUCUGUCUGUAUCUAUCUGCAGGGUAAUGAGGUGGCAGCUGUCGACCCUCCUCCAGUGGUCUACUACCAGCCCUUCAACACAGCCACAGGCCACUUCUCCGACAGUGGCACCUCCACAGAGCAACCCCCCAGACAGCUAGACCUCCACCAGCCACAGCCUGAGGAACAACACCCUGUUUACCCCGACCCACGUUACCCGACUCACCCGGAUCCACGCUACCCAGCCCAGCCAGAUCCACGCUACCCAGCCCAACCGGAUCCACGCUACCCAGCCCAGCCGGAUCCACGCUACCCAGCCCAACCGGAUCCACGCUACCCAGCCCAGCCGGAUCCACGCUACCCCUCAAACUCAGACCCCAGAUACCCCUCACACACUGAUCCACGGUACCCCAGUUAUACAGACCGCCUGCACAGCCCUGACCCUGUUCAGCCGGUCCAGCCCCAGCCCCAGCCAGCCCCCGUCCCACAGUACCCGGUUUACUCAGACACCCGUUACCCUGUAACCCCACAACGCAGACCCAGACCCCCUGAGACCCCCACCCACCAACACACGUCAGGCCCAAGCGUGAGUAGCCAGUAUUGAAAUAUGUCAUAAAAAAUGUUCACCUAAAAACAUGUCUUUACUGAAAUACUUGUGAUCAUGGAUGUGAUGGAAGCAUGUUUUUAAAAGCACACUUUUCUUCUGCUUUCUUUCUGCAGAUUCACCUGAUGGCCCUGAACGCCCCCCAGGGGGGUAACAUGCGGGGUAUCAGAGGGGCAGACUUCCUGUGCUUUAACCAGGCUCGGGCCAUAGGGCUGAAGGGAACCUUCCGGGCUUUCCUCUCCUCCAAGCUCCAGGACCUUUACAGCAUCGUCCGCAAGUCAGACAGGGAUCGCAUGCCCAUCGUCAACCUGAAGGUACAGUACUGUGCGCUAAGACUGAGAUGCAUUUUCAGCUUCAAUCAGAAUCGCAGUAUCAUUCCAUAUCAUUUAAGUAAUUGGCAGCAACCGUCCCUAAACAUCUGUCUGUCCCCUCUAUAGGACGAGGUCCUGUUUGACAAUUGGGAGGCCAUCUUCAGUGACUCAGAGGGCAGAGUGAAGGACAACGUACCCAUCUACUCCUUCGAUGGCAAAGACAUCCUCACAGACGGCACAUGGUGAUCCACUACAUUUUACAUUUACAUUUUAGUCAUUUAGCAGACGCUCUUAUACCAGAGCGACUUACAUGAGCAAUUAGGGUUAAGUGCCUUGCUCAAGGGCACUGACAGAUUUUUCACCUAGCCGGCUCGGGGAUUAGAACCAGCGACCUUUCGGUUACUGGCACAACGCUCUUAACCACUAAGCUACCUGCCACUACACUUCUACAUAUCACUCACAAUACACAAAAUAUCAACGUCCAUAAGAAGGCAUUGAUAAGUUAUGUAGUUUUAAAGUUAACAGCUGAGAAAGUGAAUGGAAGCAAAAAUAUGAUGAUUAAUCCCUUCAUCUCCUUCCCUCCAUUAAUCCUCUCCUCCCCUAGGCCAGACAAGAUGAUGUGGCACGGUUCGACGAGCAGGGGGCACCGCCAGGUGGAUAACUACUGUGAGACGUGGCGUAUAGGGGAGCGGGCGCUGACGGGCAUGGCCUCCUCUCUACAGGGGGGCCAGCUCCUCCAACAGAGCACCAGCAGCUGCCACAGCUCCUACGCCGUGCUCUGCAUCGAGAACAGCUACAUCGGA